GCGGUGGUCAAUCGAGCGCACGCCCUGCGGUUUAUAAAAACCCGAGGUUAAAACAAUUACGGGCGCCAGGGGCCUUUGGCUGUGCGCCUCGCGAGUUCGCCCGCGUUUGGAACCUCCACCACGGGCGGCUGCAGCUGACCGUGUCAGCGUCGCGGGUGGCUCCGAUUGGCGCGGUUGGCUACGUACGGUGCGAAAGAAGUUCAAUACACACACAUUAAUCUCAAGCCGCACCACCGGUGACUCCAGCCGGCCGUGUCACCCUCGGGGUCCACUGCCGCCCAUGCUCGGCGUCAGACGCGGGCGAUUCGAGGUGUCGGGACCCAUGGCGGAAUCCCUGUACGAGAACGACGGCCAGGCGGCUCGUCCGAGCCGCUUCCGAGUGAGCCGCCUCUCCUCGCUGGGAGGAGGAGGAGGCGAAGACGACACCGACGACGCCGGGGAGGGUCGCGCCCGAGGCGACCUGGAGCUGACGGGCUACGACACCGCGAGCGACACCUACGACCAGAAUACGUGGGGGCACGACACGGUGGACGCGGUGCCACGCAUCGACUUCUACUGCAACACCGUGGUGCCGGGGGAGAGGGCCCAGCAAGUGCGGCCCUCUCUGGCCGAGCUGCACGGAGCGCCCGUGAAGCUGCCGCCGUCACCGCUGGAGUCCCCCGAGGAGGGAGCCGCUGGGGUAGAGAAAGGAGCCGUUGGGGGAGAGGAUGGGGACGCCGAUGAAACGGCACCGGAGCCCGAGCUCAUUCGCUUCGGCUGGGUCAAGGGCGUCAUGAUCCGAUGCAUGCUCAACAUCUGGGGAGUCAUUCUCUAUCUCCGGCUGCCCUGGAUCACGGCGCAGGCCGGCAUCGCGCUCACGUGGCUCAUCAUCCUCAUGUCCGUGACCGUAACGAGCAUCACGGGACUCUCCAUCUCCGCCAUCUCCACCAAUGGCAAGGUCAAGUCGGGCGGCACCUACUUUCUCAUCUCGCGCAGCCUGGGGCCCGAGCUGGGCGGCUCCAUCGGCCUCAUCUUCGCCUUCGCCAACGCGGUGGCCGUGGCCAUGCACACCGUGGGCUUCGCCGAGACGGUGCGCGACCUCCUCAUCGAGACGGGCAGCACCAUGGUGGACCCGAUCAACGACAUCCGCAUCAUCGGCGUCAUCACCGUCACCAUCCUGCUGGGCAUCUCGCUCGCCGGCAUGGAGUGGGAGGCCAAGGCCCAGGUGGUGUUCUUCAUCGUGAUCAUGAUUUCCUUCGCAAACUACCUGGUGGGCACUGUUAUUCCCUCCACCAAGGAGAAGCAGUCCAAGGGAUUCUACAACUACAGAUCCGAAAUCUUUGCGCAGAACAUUGGGCCUGACUGGAGGGGCGAGCAGGGCACCUUCUUCGGCAUGUUCUCCAUCUUCUUCCCCUCGGCCACGGGGAUCCUGGCGGGGGCAAACAUCUCCGGCGAUCUUAGGGAGCCCAACAUCGCCAUCCCCAAGGGUACCAUGCUGUCGAUCUUCUGGACGACCGUCUCCUACCUGGUCAUAUCUGCAACCAUCGCGUCGUGCGUGAUCCGCGACGCGUCGGGCAGUCUGAACGACACCCUGCCGGAGGGCGUGCCCCCGGUGCCCUGCGUGGGACUCGGCUGCGGCCACGGCUGGAACUUCUCGGAGUGCACCCUCGCGCAGAGCUGUCUCUACGGACUCAGCAACAACUACCAGACCAUGAGCCUGGUGUCGGGGAUCGCGCCGCUCAUCACAGCCGGGAUAUUCGGGGCGACGCUGUCGUCGGCGCUCGCCUGCCUCGUCAGCGCUCCCAAAGUGUUCCAGUGCCUGUGCAAGGAUCAACUCUACCCGGGCAUUGGGAUGUUUGGCCGUGGCUACGGCAAGAACAACGAGCCCAUCCCAGGCUACAUCCUCACCUUCAUCAUCGCCGUCGGCUUCAUCCUCAUCGCCGAGCUAAACACGAUCGCCCCCAUCAUCUCCAACUUCUUCCUGGCCUCAUACGCACUCAUCAACUUCUCCUGCUUCCACGCCUCCAUCACCAACUCUCCCGGCUGGCGCCCGUCGUUCCGCUACUACAGCAAGUGGGCGUCCCUGUUCGGCGCCAUCAUCUCCAUCGUCAUCAUGUUCCUGCUCACCUGGUGGGCUGCGCUCAUCGUCGUGGGGAUUGUCGUCUUCCUCCUGGCCUACGUCAUCUACAAGAAGCCAGCCGUGAACUGGGGCUCGUCAGUCCAGGCCGGAUCCUAUAACAUGGCGCUGUCUUACACCGUGGGUCUCAACCAGGUGGAGGAACACAUCAAGAACUACCGGCCGCAGUGUCUGGUGCUGACCGGGCCCCCCAACUUGCGGCCGGCCCUCGUGGACUUCGUCGGGACCUUCACGAAGAAGCACAGCCUCAUGCUGUGCGGGAACGUGGUGUCGGGCCCCGGCGGCCUUAAGCAGAAGGAGGCGAGCUUGGAGGGCCAGGUGCGGUGGAUGGCCAAGCGCAAAAUGCACGCCUUCUACCACACCGUGGCCACCAGUGACCUGCGCACCGGCACCCAGAUGAUGCUGCAGGCUGCCGGACUUGGCAAGUUCAAGCCGGACGUCCUGGUGAUGGGCUUCAAGAAGAACUGGCGCUCCAAGCAUCCUCAGCAGAUGGAGGAUUACAUCAACAUAGUCCAUGACGCCUUCGACUUAAACUUCGGGGUUUGCAUCCUGAGGGUGAAGGAGGGACUGGACGUGUCCCAAUCCGCGCAGGCGCGAGUCAACCCGGCGUUUAACGGGACGGAAAACGGACACUCGCAUACCAACGGGGACGGCAGCGGCGCAGCCGAUCCAGAGGCCGCAAUCACAGACGUCCAAACGCCCAGCAGCUUCCAGGGCUCCCAGGGGAAGAAGUACGUGGACAUCUACUGGCUCUUCGACGACGGAGGGCUGUCCCUCCUCAUCCCGUAUCUGCUGACGAGGAAGAAGAGGUGGCGGAACUGCAAGCUGCGGGUCUUCAUUGGAGGCCAGCUCAACCGCGUGGAGGAGGAGCGCCGCGUCAUGGUCCAACUGCUGAACCAGUUCCGGCUCAACUUCCACGAGGUGCACGUCCUUCUGGACAUCAACCAGCGACCCCGGCCAGAACACCAGAAACGCUUCGAGGACACCAUAGCCCCGUAUCGGCUCAACGACGGCUUCCUGGAUGAGCUGGCCUUGGAGGAAAUGAGGAAGAACUGCCCCUGGAAGAUUUCCGAUGAGGAGAUCCAGCGUCACCGCACCAAGACGUCUCGCCAGAUCCGGCUCAAUGAGAUUCUGCUGGAUUACUCCCGGGACUCUGCGCUCGUCGUUGUCAGCAUGCCCGUGGGGCGCAAGGAUUCGUGUCCCAGCGCGCUCUACAUGGCGUGGCUCGACGCUCUCUCGCAGGACCUGCGGGCACCCGUGCUGCUCGUGCGUGGCAACCAAUCCAACGUGCUGACAUUCUACUGCCAGUGAGGGCCCGACAACAAACCCAACGUGCUGACAUUCUACUGCCAGUGAGGGCCCGACAACCAACCCAACGUGCUGACAUUCUUUUGCCAGUGAGGGCCCGACAACCAACCCAACGUGCUGACAUUCUACUGCCAGUGAGGGCCCGACAACCAACCCAACGUGCUGACAUUCUACUGCCAGUGAGGGCCCGACAACCAACCCAACGUGCUGACAUUCUACUGCCAGUGAGGGCCCGACAACCAAUCCAACGUGCUGACAUUCUACUGCCAGUGAGGGCCCGACAACCAACCCAACGUGCUGACAUUCUACUGCCAGUGAGGGCCCGACAACCAACCAAACGUGUUGACAUUCUACUACCAGAGGGACUGACAGCCAUUCCAACGUGCUGACAUUUUACUGCCAGUGAGGGCCCGACAACCAAUCCAACGUGCUGACAUUCUACUGCCAGUGAGGGCCCGACAACCAACCCAACGUGCUGACAUUCUACUGCCAGUGAGGGCCCGACAACCAACCAAACGUGUUGACAUUCUACUGCCAGUGAGGGCCCGACAACCAACCCAACGUGCUGACAUUCUACUGCCAGUGAGGGCCCGACAACCAACCCAACGUGCUGACAUUCUACUGCCAGUGAGGGCCCGACAACCAACCCAACGUGCUGACAUUCUACUGCCAGUGAGGGCCCGACAACCAAUCCAACGUGCUGACAUUCUACUGCCAGUGAGGGCCCGACAACCAAUCCAACGUGCUGACAUUCUACUGCCAGUGAGGGCCCGACAACCAACCCAACAUGCUGACAUUUUACUGCCAGUGAGGGCCCGACAACCAACCCAACAUGCUGACAUUCUACUGCCAGUGAGGGCCCGACAACCAAUCCAACGUGCUGACAUUCUACUGCCAGUUAGGUCCCGACAACCAAUCCAACGUGCUGACAUUCUACUGCCAGUGAGGGCCCGACAACCAACCCAACGUGCUGACAUUCUACUGCCAGUGAGGGCCCGACAACCAACCCAACGUGCUGACAUUCUACUGCCAGUGAGGGCCCGACAACCAACCCAACGUGCUGACAUUCUACUGCCAGUGAGGGCCCGACAACCAACCCAACGUGCUGACAUUUUACUGCCAGUGAGGGCCCGACAACCAACCCAAUGUGCUGACAUUCUACUGCCAGUGAGGGCCCGACAACCAACCAAACGUGUUGACAUUCUACUACCAGAGGGACUGACAG